AUGAAGCAAGGUGUUUUGUUGCCAACCAGAAUCAAGUUGUUGUUGACCAAGAACGUUUCUUGUUACAGACCAAGACGUGAAGGUGAAAGAAAGAGAAAGUCCGUCAGAGGUGCCAUUGUUGGCCCAGAUUUGGCUGUCUUGGCUUUGGUCAUCAUCAAGAAGGGUGAACAAGAAUUGGAAGGUCUAACUGACACCACUGUUCCAAAGAGAUUAGGUCCAAAGAGAGCUAACAACAUCAGAAAGUUCUUCGGUUUGUCCAAGGAAGAUGAUGUUCGUGAUUUCGUCAUUAGAAGAGAAGUCACCAAGGGUGAAAAGACUUACACCAAGGCUCCAAAGAUCCAAAGAUUGGUCACUCCUCAAAGAUUGCAAAGAAAGAGACACCAAAGAGCUUUGAAGGUCAGAAACGCUCAAUCUCAAAGAGAAGCUGCUGCCGAAUACGCUCAAUUGUUGGCUAAGAGAUUGUCUGAAAGAAAGGCUGAAAAGGCUCAAAUCAGAAAGAGAAGAGCUUCUUCUUUGAAGGCUUAA